AUGCUUUGGAGUGAAAUUGUGAAAAAUGUUCAAUAUUGGUCAACAUUUUUCUCAUUGACAUUCAACAUCAUUUUAUUGUGUUUGAUUGUUUUCAAGUCACCAAAACGAUUAGGAUCAUAUAAAUAUUUGAUGGUCUAUCUGGUUAUUUUUGAAAUUGUAUAUUCGAUAACUGAUGUUGUUGCUUCGCCGGUAAGUUUAUUUGUGAAAUUGAAACUUAUUAAAACGUUAUCCUGACUUUUGAAAUUUCAGUCGAUUUAUAUACAUGAGUCAGUUCAUAUGGUCUUUAUAAAUCAGAAAAAUAGAAGCCUCAACAAGAGUUUUCUUCAAUUCUUUCUCACAUUUUAUUGUGGAUGUUUCGGUUUUUCAUUAUGUGUUUUCUCGGUUCAAUUUUAUUAUCGAUAUCUUGUCGCAUUUAAAUCAAAGAUUCUGAAAACAUUAAAUGAUUGGCGUAUUGUAUUUUGGUUUUUAUGUCCAUUGAGUUACGGUGUUAUCUGGGCUAUCGUAUCUAGUUGUAUUCUUUAUCAAACUCCAGAAGCCAAUGAAUUUGUGAGAUAUGUGAUUUUAAGAGAUUUUGAUAUGAAUAUCGAAGAUAUUAUAUUUGUUGGACCAUACUUUUAUCCACAAAAAAACAACGGAAGAUAUGACUUUGAUAUUCGAUCUUUUGUGGGUGUUUCUAUUUUCUGGUCACUUGUUCUAAGUUCUGUAACAAUCAUUUUGUUUUGUGGAAUACAAUGCUACACUAGAAUGAGGUUGUUAAUGAGUACAUCCAAAAAAUUUCACAAUCUUCAAAAUCAGUUAUUCUAUGCUCUUUUGGUUCAGACUAUAAUUCCAGUCAUGUUAAUCCAUAUCCCAGUUUCUAUUUUAUUUUUAUUCACAAUAUUUGAAAUCGAUGUUGGAAAUAUGGCUGAUAUUUUAUCAGUUACAAUUGCAGUUUUUCCUGCAAUUGAUCCGCUUCCAACUAUGUUUAUUAUCAAAAAUUAUCGUUUAAGAAUUUGGAGUUUUAUUUGUUUCUGUAAAAACCAGACUUUGAAAAACGCAGAUACGAAUUUAGAAAUUUUUGUUGUGAACUAA